AUGUCUAUUGGACUGCUUUUACUUUUCAUUGUUAUAAUCCAUUUGGGGUUCUUAUCAAAUGAGCAAGGUUUUGGCUUUGUGAAGGCCUACCCUGUAAAUUGGAAAGGUCUAUGGUCACUGAAGUCUUCAAGCCUGACCACUUUAGAUCCUACUAGAAAAGAUAGAGAUUACUAUGUAAAUUUGGCGGAGUCGUUGGAGAAUCAACUACUCUUUCAAGAUAUCAAAAACUCCAAAGGUGCCUACUAUGAUUUGGAGGAUAACACGGUGGGGACAGUUCAUUUUAAUCCUUUCCACCAAUAUCAAUCACAACCAUAUGUUGCCAAUGGUUAUAUAGGUAGCAGAAUCCCCAAUGUGGGGCAUGGCUUUGCUUAUGACACUCUUUCAAAUAAUUCAGAUGCAAAUCCAGAGGAUAUUGUCAAUGGAUGGCCCUUAUUCAACCAGAGAUAUGCAGGGGCCUUUGUUGCGGGCUUCUUUGAUAUCGAAAAACGGUUAAACGGUACAAACUUUCCAGAGUUGUUGGAAAAUGGUUACGAGAGUUCCUUCUCUGCUGUCCCUCAAUGGACAACCUUAGAGGUUUCUGCUCUUUUGGAUGGUGAACAUUAUAGAUUAUCACCAAAUUCUUCUUCACUUGAAUUAGGUCCCAUUCUGAAUUAUUCUCAAAAGGCAUCCUUAGAUAAUGGUGUUGUCACUACUGAGUUCAUCUGGCUAGAUGCUCUAAAGGUGAAGUAUUCCGUAUUAGCUCAUAGAGAAGUUGCUAACUUGGGUAUAGUUUCUCUUUAUAUGGAGAAUUUGGGUAAUUCACUGUUGGAGCUUAAAGUACUGGAUAUUUUAGCAAUAGAAACUGCUCAAAGAUGUCAUUUCAAGAGCGUGGAUGGUGAUAAGGAAAAGGGUAUAUAUAUCGCAUUUCAACCUCAUGAGAUUGAUUAUGUUGAUGGCAUAAUAAGUUCCAAAUUGUCUUUAGAAAAUAUUACUAUUGCAAAGACAAACCAUUCUGUUUCGCAAUCGUCUAAGAUAUCUUUAAAGGCAUAUGAUGACAUUGAAAUCUUCAAAACGGUUGGUAUUGUUACAUCAGAUUAUGAUUCUUCCUUAAACUCAGUCGAUAAGUUGGUUUCAUAUGCUAGAAAUAUUUCAAAUAUUAUUGAGCCCAUAAAGGAUUUAUACCAAAUUCAUUUAAACGCAUGGGAGUCUUUAAUUGGAGAAGCUCCGUUGAUAAUAUUUAAAGAUGAUCUUCUUUUAAGCAUGGCUGCAAGAGCUUCUAUUUAUCAUUUGUUGGCAAAUACUCGAUCAGAUGCUCAAGGAGUAACUGCAGCUUUAGGAGUUGGUGGUUUGAGUUCAGACUCGUAUGCUGGAAUGGUAUUUUGGGAUGCUGAUUUAUGGAUGUACCAUGCAUUAUUGCCUUUCAGUCCAUCCCAUGCUAAAAGUAUAGUGAAUUAUCGGUUGCAUACUCGAGAGCAGGCUCAAAAGAAUGUCCCAAAGGGUUACAGUGGAGCUGUUUAUCCUUGGACUAGUGGACGUUUUGGGAACUGUACCGCAACAGGUCCUUGCUUAGAUUAUGAAUAUCACAUAAACCAUGCCGUCGUUCAAGCAAGUUGGAAUCUUUAUUUAAGUGGAGCUGCCGAUGAUAAUUUUUUAAGAGAUGUUACUAUGCCAAUGAUAAACGAUGCAGCCACGUUCCUUAGUACAUAUGUAACUAAGAUCAAUGUUACGGAUAAUUCCUACUGGACAUUUAACAUGACGGACCCUGAUGAGUAUGCUAACCAUAUCAAUAAUGGAGCUUACACCAAUGGAGGGAUCAGUGCCAUAACUCAAUGGGCUAACACUAUUCGUAAGCAUUUCCAAAAUGAUACCAUUGAGAUUUUUGAAGAUAUUUCAAAGAAGAUAGAGAUUCCCCAAUCAGAUAACAAAGACAAUAUUACUUUAGAAUAUACUGGGAUGAAUGGAACUGUUGAAGUUAAACAAGCUGAUGUGAUUAUGUUAACAUACCCCUUGGAAAAUGUAUUAAUUGAUGAUGAACAAGCCCUUCGAAACAUGCAAUUUUAUUCUCAAAAGCAAGUUAGCUAUGGACCAGCAAUGACAUUCCCUAUAUUUUCCAUCGUGUCCUCCAAGCUUUCUCAAGUUGGCUGUUCAUCUCAAUCGUAUCUUCAUCGGUCGGUUCAACCUUAUUUAAGGGCUCCUUUUGCUCAAUUUUCAGAACAAAGUAAUGAUAAUUACUUGACCAAUGGAGGGACCCACCCAGCCUUCCCAUUUUUAACUGGUCAUGGAGGGUUUGUGCAAGCGAUAGUACAAGGAUUAACAGGGUUUAGAUAUUCAUACGAUACAGACUCUUCAGGUAAGAUUCUUCGGCAUUUGGAAAUUGACCCCGUAUCACUCCCUUUGUUUGGAGGAGAUCUUUCGAUCAACGGGUUGGUUUACAUGAACUAUUCAUUAGCAUUUGACAUUAAAGAUAGUAUGCUUACAGUGACCAACAACGGACCCAUUUCACCCCAUGUUUCAGAUAAGACUAUUACCAUCAAAGUAUCGGAAAGAAAUGAAUAUAAUGGGACAUACAAGUUAGCCAAGUCUCACCAGCUUAGUGUCCCGUUAUUCACUCCGCAACGGAAUGUUAAUGACUCCAUUUGUGAAUGUGAAUUAGCGGAGUUCAGGGCUAUCACCGAAUCUGUUUAUGGAGAUUCACCUCUACUGAUUAAUGACGGUGAUAACUUUACUCAUUGGCAAGCCAAACAUAGCGAUUCUUCCGCCAAGUUGUUGGUUGACUUAAAGCUGGUGACUGAGGUGAAAGGAGCUUAUAUCAAUUGGGGUGAUAAACCUCCUUUAAAAUAUGAACUCCAAUCGUUAUCAAGCUCUUAUCGUUCCAGUUUCCCGGACUCUACUGCUCUUCAAAGAAACGUUGACUUCGCCAAUACGAAUAAACAACUAUACAAUGAAUAUGAAGUGUUUGACUCCAUCACCAAAGCCCACGUUAACAUCACCGCUCCUUUUGACCCCAACACGGUUGACGAGGUGGCCAUAGUGAAGAGAUUCAACACCACUAAGGUGUCUUUCCAGGAUCCAGUGUCUUCUCGCUACUUGCUACUAACAUUUGAUGGUGUACACGAGAAGGACUCUCCUGAUAAUGGAGGAGCCAAAGUGUUUGAAAUGGUACUAUUCUAA